AUGUUGGGUCAUGUUCUUCGCUGCAAUUUUUCACAAGAACUUUGGUUUCUUUUAGAGAGUCUAUUUACUACUCAAUCUCGUGCUCGGAUUCUUCAACUACGAUUCCAGCUUCAGUUCCUUAAAAAGGGCUCUCUAACUAUACAUGACUAUGUUUUGAAGAUGAAAUCUCUUGGAGCUAGUUUAUCUGCCGCAGGUCAAGUGUUCACUGAUGAUGACCUUAUUCUUUAUAUUCUUGGGGGCAUCGGUCCCGAGUAUGACUCUGUGGUCAUCAAUCUCACCUCUCGUGUUGAUCAUGUCACACUCCCUAAGGUCCAAUUUCUUCUUCAAAGUCAAGAAAUGCGCAUUGAGCAGCUCGCCUCAAACCCCACCACAGAUAUUUCUAAUCCCCCCACCAGUUUUGUUGCCAAAAAUCGACGUUUCUUUCCCAAUAAUGGUUCUAGAAGGUUCCCUUCUUCCCACGGCCGAGGGAGGGGGCAUGGUCGUGGCUCUCAAAAUCGAGUUGUGUGUCAACUCUACAACAAACCAAGCCACCCUGCUGCAAAAUGUUACCAUCGUUUUGAUGUCUCAUUUUCUCAUAUGAGCAACGACAACUAUGCUUCUCAAGGUCACUCUAAUACCAACCACAACAAUGGAGGGCAACAAGCGUAUUUUGCUACUUCUAGGCCAUCCCAUACUACUGAAGACACCAACUAG